AACGAUUCAGGACACUGUCGAAUUGACUAUUUACCCAACGCUGUGUCAACCCCGAGUCACGGCCGACAACCUAGAAAAGCAAAAUGGCGAAGAAAGCUAAGAAGUCCCAAGUAUCUCGCUCAUCUCGAGCUUCUACGUCGGCCAAGGCCCCCAAGAGACCAUCCAAUGAUGAAAUGGUGUUGAGGGUAAAAUCAAGCGAGGGGAUGAGGAGAUCGGCAAGGGUGAGCAAAGUUAGCGAGGGAAGGAGAACCAUGUUGGUAAAGAAGUCCAACGCAAAACAAAAGAAGAAAAAGAAUAAAUUUGAUGAGAAGAAGCCAAAAAAACCGCCAACUGCUUUCUUCUACUUCUUGGAGGAUUUUCGUAAGGAAUUUCAAGACCAGAAUCCAAAUGUCAAGUCAAUGCGUGAUAUUGGCAAGGCUUGUGGAGAGAAGUGGAAAAUAAUGACAUAUGAGGAUAAAGUUCAAUAUUAUGACAUAGCCACCGAGAAACGGGCGGAGUUUGACAAAGCCAUGGCGGAUUAUAUCAAGAGAAAGGAAAGCGGUGAGGAUCUAGAGACUGAGGAUUCUGAUUCAGAGUUUGAUGUGUAGAACUGUGGGAAUGUUCUGUAAACGGUAACGUUUCUAUAGGGGUAAAUAGUGGUUGGGUAACAGGUUGUAUAUCGACUGACGAAUCAUUUGUCAUUGAAACGGUCAGUGUCUGUAUCAUUUUUGUGUAGAUGACUGCUUGCAAUUGCUUUCUCUGAUAACAAAAUUUGACAGUGUGUCGCCAGUUUGAUUUUGUUAUGAGCUUGGUUUCUGCCAAGUUGUUUCUUGGAUUAAA